AUGGGGGUGGGAUUAGCCCGCUCGAUGGUCUCCGCUUUUGGAGAUCGCUACCGUGGUUCUGAGUUCGGUGAACCGCCGCCCGGCUGUCAGUUAUUAGAGAGAAAACCCUUUGCCAUCGGGCAUAGAUCUGGUCAUCAUCACCAUACUGCUUUUUGCCCUUCUUCCCUGUCUCCAUUCUUCCGGAGAUACUCUAUCCAUAACUCAAUUCAGUCUGGGAAAGACGGCACGAUCGCCUGA